GGAAAUGCGUGUCCGAUAUUAAAGUCGUCGCCCCGCCCCUGCCCGUCUCUUUCCGCUCUAGAUCGCCGCUCUGAGAGGCUCCCCGUGGCCCUUCCUGUGGGCCCGCGGCCCAGCCCCGUCCGCUCUCGGUGCCUGACGCCCUCCACGUGCCUGUUUCCCCGCAGCCGCCGCCAUGUCUGCGCAUCUGCAGUGGAUGGUCGUGCGGAACUGCUCCAGUUUCCUCAUCAAGAGGAACAAGCAGACCUACAGCACCGAGCCCAAUAACCUGAAGGCCCGCAACUCCUUCCGCUACAACGGGCUGAUUCACCGCAAGACCGUGGGCGUGGAGCCGGCGGCCGACGGCAAAGGCGUGGUGGUGGUCAUGAAGCGGAGAUCCGGCCAGCGGAAGCCUGCCACCUCCUACGUGCGGACCACCAUCAACAAGAAUGCUCGCGCCACGCUCAGCAGCAUCAGACACAUGAUACGCAAGAACAAGUACCGGCCCGACCUGCGCAUGGUGAGCCGAGGGUGGGGGUCAGGCUGGGGGAGGCUGGCCAGUGCUGUGGGGAACGGCCUCCCACUUCUGGUUGCAUAUGGGCUGGGAAGGGAUGGAUUCUUGCUUUCAGCCUAUUCCCCCCACCCGCAGCAUGGGCCUGGGGGUGGCUUGUGGUGUGUGAUCUGAGCCUUACUCUGCCCUCCCCGCCCCCUAGGCAGCUAUCCGCAGGGCCAGUGCCAUCCUGCGCAGCCAGAAGCCUGUGAUGGUGAAGAGGAAGCGGACCCGCCCCACCAAGAGCUCCUGAGCCCCCUGCUCCCAAAGCAAUAAAGAGUCAGCUGGCCUUCUCACCUG